AAAAACAGUAGGAAAAAUUGAAAAGAAUAAUUUUAGGGCUUAUUGAAAAUUCUCUGUAAGGUCGUUUAAAAGGACAAUUAGUAAACAGGUAUUCAGUCAUCGUAUCAUCAUUCAAGACACAAGUUUAAGCCAAUGUAAUUUUUCAAAAUCAAUGUUUCAAAUAAUGUAAAUUUCAUCAAAACGGAUCGAAAAAGUUUUUUAAAAACUCCCUAAGAGACAAACUAUGGAGAUGUUAAAAAUUUUUCUCACUUUACUGUUACAACAAUUGUGUAUUGGUGUAUUGUCAAAAAAAACAAGUGGCUUUUACAUUGAGAAUGAAUUUAAUCAGACUGUUCUUUUGGAAUUUCUCACGCCGGAUAUUGAAUUACAAGUUAAAGAAAAUAUACUACGUAUUUUAGACAUUGAGAAACCUCAAAUUCAACAAAAAAUGUCCCUUAUUAAAAAUUCAUCGGCUCACACAUUUCUCAUGGAAGUUUAUAAUUUACUGAACGAUAAUAAUGUUUAUAAUUUAAUUGAUUUAAAUUUACAAUCAGAACUUUUUGACAUAACAAUCGAAGCUGUUAAUAGUUAUAUGAAAGAAAGUAAUAUCAUCAUUUCUCUAAUAUCCCAUGAGGCAAUAAUUCCAAAUAUAACAAAAAUGAAAACAAAAAAAUUCAUAAAUCUUUGGUUCAAUUUAACGACCAUUUCAUCACAAGAUCAAUUAAUAAAUGCAGAAUUAAAAAUAUAUCGAAGAAUUCGAAAUGUUCUUCCAAUGUAUAAGGGACCAAUUACAAUAAAAAUUUACAGAAUUUCAAAUCUAAAUGAAGGAGAAAAAAAAGAGGAAAUUUUUAUCAAUUCUAUAAGAGUCAUCGAAGCCGGUUGGAUAACUCUGAACAUUACAAAAACUCUCAAUUAUUGGAUUCAGAAUCCAAAUGAAAAUCAUGGUCUUACAAUAAAAAUACAUUCUGAUAAACAAGUGAAGGAAAUUGAUCCCAAAAAAUUUGGAAUUGUUGGAUUAGAAGAAAAUAAUCAGGAGAAAAGUCCAUUUAUGGUGGGCUAUUUUCAAAGAGCAAGCGAUAAUAGAAAAAAACUAAAUUUAUCAUUAUUAAAUUUUCAAAGUUUCGAUGAAAAUAAAAUUCGCGACAAAAGAACAAUAUCAUUAUGUCGAAAAGAAAAUCUUUAUGUUGAUUUUCAUGAUUUAAAUUGGCAAGAUUGGAUGAUAAUACCUCGUGGUUAUAGUGCAAAUUUUUGUUCCGGUGAAUGUCAAUUUCCCAUCAAAUCGGAGAUGUUUGCCACGAAUCAUGCAGUCAUUCAAUUAAUGGUGAAUUUGAAUGAUCCAUCAAAAGUACCACGGCCAUGUUGUGCUCCAAGUAAGUUGACUCCAAUUUCUCUCAUUUAUCUCAUCGAUAAUAAAACAUAUGUUCUGAAAACAAAAAAGGAUAUGUCAAUUGAAAGUUGUGCGUGUCAUUGAAAGAAGAAUUGGAUAAACAAAAGUUAGUCUUUUUAUUUAAAGACACAAAAAUAUAAAGAUUUUGUUUCAAUUCUUCUUUUAAUUAUUUUUGUUAUAAGAAAAUUAAUUUCUUACCUCAGUGACCAAAUAUUUCUUUUUUUUUUUUAAUGUAUAUUAAUUAAUUCUUGUAAAAAAUGUACAAAUCAGACAAAUAUUUGUACUUUCAAUUCGAUAGAUGUACUUUUUUCUAAUUUAAUGUACUUCUUAUAAUAAAUUUUAACAUUAAAACUAUAGUUGAUAAUUAUAUAAUGUAAUUAAUAAUAAUAAUUGUUAUUAUUGUUUUUGUAAAGCAGUAUAAUAAAAAUCUGCAAAAUAAUGUUAUGAAUUUCUUUUCCUGAAAAUUUUGGAGAAUUUCAGUUAAUUUCUAUUAACUUAUUCAGUUAAUAAAAGGAAGUAAGAAAAAGCUUCAUUUCAAUGUCAUGUAAUCUACAAUUUUAUUGUUGCAAAUUAUCUUUAACGUGCGACACUUCGUAAUAAUAUAUAUUAUUAUGACGGAAGUUAUUUGAAAUUGGGGAAUAUAAAUCCCGUGCGUAUCCGUGAUUAUUUAUCCUGAUUUAUAAAUCAGAAUUAACUAAAAUUAACGAAACACCUUACAUUCAUGCACCAUAAACAUUUACAAAAUUUCGUCAAUUUCUUUGUUUUAUUUAUUUAUUAUCUCUCUUUCUUUCUUUCUGUUUUAAUUCAAUGAAAUCUCUUAGGAUUUCAAUUUUAAUUUAUAAUUUCAACAACAACAUUAUUGAAUGAAAGAUUAAAAAAAACUAAAAAAAAAAUCAAAAUAUAAAGAUAAAAAUUUGACUAAAAAAAUUGAUUGAUAAAAACUAAUAAUUUUGUUAGAACACAAAAAUUUAAUAAAGAACAAUUUUCUACUAAAAAAAAUUGUUUGAAAGAAAAAAUAUAAAAAAAAAUUGUACAAAAUCACUAGUUGAUAGUUCUUGUAAAUUUACAAGUUACUUUAAGUAAUAAUAAUUAUACUUUCAAAAGUAAAAUAAUCUUUCAUUUCAAAAGUUAGUUACAAAAUUUAACAAUUUUUUUUCUUAUAUUUCCACGCCUUGAUUAGAGCAUAGAUUUAAUUUGAAACUUUUUUUAAUAACCAAAAAUUGAUAAAUUUUUGCCGAAAUUGAUUUGCAAUUUUUCACAUAUAUUAUAUCAACAACAGUUCAUUAGAUAUUCAAUUUAGUUUUUAUAUUUAUAAUUUAUUUUUUCACGUCCAAUAUGGACGAAAAUUCGUAAAAAUUUCGAUUGAAUUCGUUAAUUAUUCAUUAAUUAAUUAACGAUUAAUUCAAUGUUACACGGAUACGCUUAAAUAUAAUUUUUUUUUUUCAUUCUUUUCAGAUAUUAUAUUUCUUUGCAUUAUAUCUCAACAAUCUAUAAAAAUUGUUUCUUUUUUUUUUUUUUGUU